CCUCCAAAGGCCAACCCUACCCCGCAUCUCAAUCAUCAUGGCUUAUGCCCAGUGGGUCAUCAUCAUCAUCCGCAACGUCGGCGCGGCAAAGUUCUCGAUCAAGAAUCUCAACCCCUCCUGGGGAAAGCUCCAUGCCGAGGGUGACAAGGACACAGAGGUCAACAAGAGUACCAUCGAGGGAAAGGUGGUAGAGGCGGACCAGCAGCUCAGGAUCAACGCCUGCGGCAGAUCCGAUGCGGCAGAAGGCACCACGGGCUCGUUCGACCUCGUCGACGUGGCUACCCAGCAGGUUAUUCGCCACGUCUAUUGGGACUGCCCUUGGGGCACCAAGAGGAACACGUUCACGGUCAGCGGCUCGAACUCCAAGUGGAUGAUCGAGUACAGCGGCCAGAACUUGGAUAGCGGCGCGCUCGGUACCAUCUCGGUGGACGUCUUGAGGAAGGGAAAUUGAGGGGAUCGGAUGUCAAUUGCUGUGGUGAAGGUCAAUGGUGUGACACAGUAUCAGAUGGUGUUGGAGGAAGUUCUUGUGCAACUUGUGUACCAUUUAAAUUCAAAGACGAAAUGUCGCGGUUCUAACUAC